GGAUCGCCAUUGAUGAUUAUGAAGAACGUGUAGAAAAGUUCAAUAUUCACAGAUGUUGGGAGUGGUUAAACGGAGAAGUCUUAAUCUAUGAGUUUCCUUCUAUGUCACACGAAGUUUGCAUCGGUGCAAUUAUUAAUCAAAUAAAUAACCAAUGCAUUAAUGCUUAUGGAACUGAUGCCAGGAUUCGUUGUGCUGGUUCUACUAAAACACGUGACAGAAACCGUGGAAAAGAAGCCGAUGCAUCGUUUCGUCCAACAAAACCUGCUGUAACUGCACCAAAUGGGAGCAAUGGAGAUAAUCGCCCUUGGCCAAAUUUGGUCGUGGAAGUAGCCUAUACUGAAACAUUGGAUCACGCUGAGGAAGCUUUGAAAUAUUGGAUGAGUCCUGGUCGUGCCCACGAUUGUAUUAUCGUAAAAAUCGACCCAGUUUCCCAAGACCGAGUACCAGUCCGUAUGAGACGAGGAGAGGAAGACCAGACAAGCUCCCGAAGUUUAAAAUACCAAGCUAAUAGGCAAGAA